CGGCAUCGCUACCACAAAGAGCUCACGUUAAAAGCAGGAGGGGGACAGAGACCGAGGUUAAAAUAUAAUAUUUUGCAAAGUUAAAGACUUGAGACCGUCGCCAGCGCGGUGGAUAGAAGCGUGGAUGUCAUGGACAGGAAAAGGUGGGAGUGCUCGGCUCUCCCAAAGGGCUGGAAAAGGGAAGAAGUGGCCAGAAAGUCGGGUUUGUCCGCGGAGAAAAGCGAUGUCUAUUAUUUUAGCAGAGGUGAGGAAGAGGAGGAAGAGCAGAGGCGAGAGAGAGGGGAGGCGGGUCGGUUGUUUAGUUUGUGUCCAACUGGAAAGAAGUUCCGGAGCAAGCCUCAAUUGGCACGUUACCUUGGCAACUCCAUGGAUCUCAGCUCCUUUGAUUUCCGCACGGGCAAGAUGCUCAUGAGCAAGCUGAACAAAAGCAGACAGAGACUUCGCUAUGACAAUAACAGUCAGACAAAGGGCAAACCAGACCUAAACACAUCUCUCCCAGUUCGACAAACAGCCUCCAUCUUCAAGCAGCCAGUCACAAAAGUUACCAACCACCCCAGCAACAAAGUCAAAACAGACCCACAGAAGGCUGUUGACCAGCCAAGACAGCUGUUUUGGGAGAAGAAGCUGAGUGGCCUAAAUGCUUUUGACAUUGCUGAGGAGUUAGUGAAAACCAUGGACCUCCCCAAAGGUUUACAAGGAGUUGGUCCUGGGUGCACAGAUAAGACCCUGUUGUCUGCGAUCGCCAGCGCUCUGCACACCAGUGCUGCUCCCAUCACUGGACAGCUCUCUGCAGCUGUGGAGAAAAACCCUGGCGUGUGGCUAAACACAGCCCAACCCCUGUGCAAGGCUUUCAUCGUCACAGACGAGGACAUCAGAAAGCAGGAAGAGCUGGUGUACAACGUGAGGAAGCGGCUGGAGGAAGCUCUGAUGGCUGACAUGCUGGCUCAUGUAGAGGAGGCAUCAAGUGGUGGAGAGGCACUUAAAGAAGAGGGGAACUGUCAUGAUGACAAAGAUGAUGUAUAACAAAGGGCAGUCAUGUUUUGUGAACUACCUACAUACAGAUUUAUCAACACGUUCAACCAGGACCACAAUUCCCCACUCCAACAGAUCAGCCUAACACCUCUACCAAGAUGCUCUCGUCCUGCUCGGCAGGGCACUGAUUUAAGCCCACUGUUUGGGAUUUCUCUCAGACUCAGUUGGGUUUUCAGAUGUUCCCGUUUUUUAAAAAUGUGUUUUAAACGUUUUUACUGUCUAUAAAAACAAAACAUUUAUAGAUCCCAGAUUUGAAAGUGGAGCUGUGAUGUGCUCUUAGAGUGUCUGUGGAAUUGAUAUGGAGUGAUGUGACAAUCACCAAGUCCUCCUAUUUGAGCAGGUGUGGAAAUAACUGAGGAUGUCCUAGAUGAGAAUGAGCUAGUCCUUUUAAUGAUACAGUCGUCUGUGGUCAUCAUCCACCGACAACAAAACGAUGCAGUCAGUAUUGUGCAAUAGCGAGCACUGCAGAGGAGUUGUUUAAAAGAAGUUGAAUUUUUGAGGCUUGAUGGUGCUUCAUUAGUACUGUUAGAUUUGAUCCCUUAGGUUGAUUUCAUCUUAAGAUAUUAGGAGUUCAUAAUUAGCAAAUUCAAAGGAGUUUGCACAAUCCAGUUUGUUAAUUUAACCAUUAUAGUAUGGGUUAGGGGCAGGUUUAGCAGUCUCUAAUAAUUUCAUUUGUUUUAAGACUAAUGACGUAGCUUUUACCCAUUCUAGUGUAAACAAAUUCAGUGUAAAGCCCGUCUCAUUUGGUAGACGUUGGAACAGGUUUAGUAUUACAUGUUUUUAAAAAAACAAAAAUUGACAUUUUAUUCUGAACUGCCACAAAGGUAUUUGUAUUUUUAUGUUUAAUUAAUUGUAACGUAAAACCUAAGUUCAUUACUGGUUAUGAUGGGCACAAUGGUAAAGAGAUGACUAGAACGACUCUUGCCGUAAAUUGUCAUUCAUAUUUUGUCAGUUCAUGGUGCUUAUUGGAAUGAAUGAUGUUCUUUUAUAUGCUAUUCAUGGGUUCUUUUAUAUUCUGUUCACACUUUUCUCUCUGAAUCGCAUUCACCAACAAACAUGAAACCAGAAUUUAGUAUCAAAAUGUGAAUGGUGACUCCAUAUACAAUGUAUGAAUGUUCUGUUUUGUUUUGUUAAAGCUCUUGUUGCCAGGUUAAAACUACAUGUUCAUGUAAUCAUUUAAACAGCUUGCACAUCACAUUGCAGGCUGUGGAGUUUACUUUGGGGUUUUACAGAGUAAAGUGUUUCUGUAUGUUUAA